CCAGGAGGCUGGCAUGUAGAUGCACUCACAUUAUAACGAUAAUGUCAAUUUCACUUGUUAAAUUUUGGUUAAUUUCCUAGUCGGCGAGAUCGAUCGUGGUAAGGCAAACGCCGCCACGAAAUGCGCCCCGCUGAAUAGCGGGCGAGAAAUCUGCAAAUACGCAGAGCAAGACUUGAGGCGCUGGCGCUCGAUGAGCGUCCGCGUCUUUGCUCGACCACACCCUCCCGCCCCCGUCUCGCGUGGACUGACAUGUGCGCAGAUUCUUGCUGCCGGACACAUGACGCGUGGCAACUUGCCGACGCAUGCGCCGCUGCUGCGCGCCGCUGUCUUGGUCGUGCCCGGGUGCGCCACUGGAUGCGGCUGGUGCCCGUCUCACCUCAGCCCCUUGUGCGGUACUGGCUGCGACCCCUCCUGCAGGGAAAGAAAUGAAUCAACACCCGCUCCUCGCGGACCUUACUCACACGCGCGCGUAGCAUCCGCGGCUCGCGGAGCUCGCGCGCACGUGCGUGCAAAGCGUUGCACGAAAUCGAUGGCAUGGGAUGCAGCCUGCUGUUGCAGGUGCUUGCCCAUGAUCUGCCCUGCGGGGGGACUCGUGGCCUGUGUCGUCACGCCCCCAUGUGCAUACUGGCUUGAGGUGUCGCGGACGCCGAGCACAUAACAAAGGGGCGCCUAGUUGUGGCUAGCGCGCGGCCCUUCUCAACAACUUUAUCGAGCCUCGUCGACGCUGGAAAUUAAUGUCAAUUUCACUUGUUAAAUUUUGGUUAAUUUCCUAGUCGGCGAGAUCGAUCGUGGUAAGGCAAACGCCGCCACGAAAUGCGCCCCGCUGAAUAGCGGGCGAGAAAUCUGCAAAUACGCAGAGCAAGACUUGAGGCGCUGGCGCUCGAUGAGCGUCCGCGUCUUUGCUCGACCACACCCUCCCGCCCCCGUCUCGCGUGGACUGACAUGUGCGCAGAUUCUUGCUGCCGGACACAUGACGCGUGGCAACUUGCCGACGCAUGCGCCGCUGCUGCGCGCCGCUGUCUUGGUCGUGCCCGGGUGCGCCACUGGAUGCGGCUGGUGCCCGUCUCACCUCAGCCCCUUGUGCGGUACUGGCUGCGACCCCUCCUGCAGGGAAAGAAAUGAAUCAACACCCGCUCCUCGCGGACCUUACUCACACGCGCGCGUAGCAUCCGCGGCUCGCGGAGCUCGCGCGCACGUGCGUGCAAAGCGUUGCACGAAAUCGAUGGCAUGGGAUGCAGCCUGCUGUUGCAGGUGCUUGCCCAUGAUCUGCCCUGCGGGGGGACUCGUGGCCUGUGUCGUCACGCCCCCAUGUGCAUACUGGCUUGAGGUGUCGCGGACGCCGAGCACAUAACAAAGGGGCGCCUAGUUGUGGCUAGCGCGCGGCCCUUCUCAACAACUUUAUCGAGCCUCGUCGACGCUGGAAAUUAACCUGAUGUUUUUGAAAAAACAGGUCCAUUGGCGAAGAAGACUUAUUUAAGUCGUUCCCUCGUCGCGACAUACGCAAGAACCUGGUCGACGUCGUUGGACGCCAGCUGUGCGCCCAUAUUCAUUUUCGCUGCAGCUACCCCUAGCAGCUCGUGAAAAUUACCGCACGUUCUUGUUUAGGCGAGCUGCUUUAAUAAGGGAGCUACAAUUCUUUUGAGUAGGUGUUUAUUUUGCUUGUCAUCGCAGACGCAGGAGGUGGUAUGCGCGCGAUCACACCUGCAACUGCACGACUGACACUGAAUCAAGGUUGAAGCAGCGCGUCCCCUGUUCAUCCCAGAAACCAAAACCGCGCGCCACGACUAAGCCUAAUCUGAUCCAAUCGACCAGACCGGUUGGACAUGUCUUUGUCGGCGAUGCCGCGCACUUCGCGCGCAGGCAAGGAGGAGAGGCGCAAUCCCGGAAUCAAUCGGGCUCCGGAGCUGCCGCUAAAGAAGGUGACGCUGUACAAGAACAACCUGGCCCUCCACGAGCGCGAGGUUUUUACACCGGCGCACGACGAGAGUGCUAGCUUUACCCUCCGCAUCCCCGCCAACCGCGCACCGUUGGUAAGUGACACACUUUCGUGCCGCUUCCAGCAAGGUCAAGAAACGAAUCCCACAAGCGGCGUAGUGUCGGAAUCUGGUACAACCUCCGCGAAGAACUCGGCGGUUUCUAUCCGGCAGCGCAAGAGCGUGCAGAGCAAUGCGUCCUCUUUUCAGCCGAUUUCGCGACGCCGCGCGACAAUCUCCGUGAGUGACCGCCUCGGGGAUUUUUUGGAAUCCUGUCGCGGCGCAGAGGUGCGGGUGAAGCUAACCUCGUCGAGCACGAGCGCCACGGGUGGUCCUGGUGGACCGGCGAAUGCAAGGAACUUGGGGACAAGUCCAGCCAACCCCCGCGGGGAUGGGCUCGCGGAGGACCGCGAGGGCGCGAUCAUGAUGAUCGAAAAAGAAAAAGUGGUGCUUUAUCCCCUGCAAAAGUAUCGUACUCGUACUAAUUGCAUUUAUGCAUUUUACAAAUCCAGUACCUAAGGCAAAUCCGCAUUACAAAUUCAAUUGUAAUGCUCAGCCAAUUUGUAUUGCAAUUUAUACUAGUACGAUGCUUUUGCAUUUCAUAUGCACGGAGCCGGCACAACUGACCUCGUGACGGAAAUGCGUCCGAAGACACUCGUGCUGUUUGAAUCCGGCACUAUCAGUCGAAUUCCCUUGGAGCACGUGGAGUCGGUGUUUUUCGCGGAGGCCCGGCUGCGGGACGCUUUGUCGGCCAUGCUAUUCGAUUGCGUUUCUCGGCACGAUCUGGUUCUGGACGAAGACAAGCGGACCUGUUUUGACAUUGAGGUUGCACCGGGGAACGCGUCGACUGCAUCUGGUCCUCGCCUGGCGGAACAGACCCCGACCCCGACGAGUACUAGCAAGGAACAAGAAAACGAACCAGUGUCACUACUGCAGGUCACAUACAUUGACAGCGCCAAGGAGUGGAAGUGUAACUACCAACUGCGGCUCGACAGUCAAGCAACUGCAGGCACGAACAGUGCCAUGGACCUCGAGAUGUUCGCCCAGGUGAUCAACAACAGCGAGGAAGAUUGGCGAGACGUCCAACUUUGUCUCAUUGCCAAUGAGCUGGAGCUAUUGGUCGGCGGAAACAAGAGAGGCGUCGAGCAAGCUAGUGCAUCGACAUCUUCCGCCGAAAGCAAUAAAGCGGUCAUCGCCGCAAGUAGCUACUGCAUCUUCAUCAAAACUUUGACGGGAAAAACGUUUUCACUAUUUACCGGAAGCUCGGAUACCAUACAAAUGGUAAAGGAGAUGAUCCAAGACAAGGAGGGCAUCCCACCAGACCAGCAGCGCUUGAUUUUCGCAGGUAAGCAAUUGGAGGACCAGCGCACGCUAGGUGAUUACAACAUCCAGAAGGAGAGCAGCUUGCAUCUAGUUUUGCGCCUGCGUGGCGGACCAGAUGUUGAGGAUGACGGCCCGGUGGAUCCUCAGAGUACAACUUCCAGGCCCGUCGCUGCAAAAAAAGCAAAAUCUUCCGAUGAUCAUGAAUACGAAUCGCUGGACGCGCUGCAGACCAGUGAGUUGACCGAAACAGUCGCCUACCAGCUGCCGCACUCCGUUUCCAUCAACAGUGGCGAAACUGCGAGCGUGAAAGUGAACACGAUCAAGCUGACCGGCGCGAAAGCUUUGGUGUAUGAUUUCAACGAGAAUCCCUUGAACGCAGCCAAGGGAGUACACUUGUUCAACAAAGCUGAGGAACGAGACAGCGCGAACGCUGAGCAGGAACAUCAAGGCGCUGUGGUCCUUGCGCCCGGACUGUUGACCAUCAUCGACAACGGCGUCUACUGCAACCAAUCGCAGUUUGCGCCGAUGACGCCGGACGACGACCAGAUCAUAAAAUACGGCUUCGAUACGACGAACGCGAUCGACCGGACGCUUACUGAGGAGAAUACAGAAAUUGUCCGCAUUGACGAGCGUUCGGCCGGGGGCGAGAAGAUGUUCGUGUUGGUUCACAAGAAAGUGAAAGUGUUCCGGUACUCGGUCAGUAACAAUUCGAAAAAGCCAGUCCCCUGCCUCUACAUCGACCACACGGCUAGUGCGCGGGACAACGGGUACUGCAUUGGAAAAGUGGUCGAGGAGGACUUGGCAAGCAAAAACGUCGCAGUCGCAAAGCGCACGACCAACUUCGUUCGUUUCUGCGUCGCACUGGAGCCGCAACAGUCCGUGGAAUUCACCGUCGCCGAGGUUGCGGGUGUCGAAGAGCGGCUGCAGCGUCCGCCGCAAGUGUCCGACUUCUUGAAGGCGGCAGCGCGGCGGGAGGCGCUGGUGCAGAAAAAGGUGCUGACUGCGAGUAUGGUGAAGGGCAUGGAGCAGUUCGUGUUUCUGUCAAGAAAGCACAACUUGUUGGCGGAGAACUUGCAGUUUGGGAUUGUCACCGACGCAGCCCUGCUGCGCGCCAUCGAGAAGAACGAGGCGGAGUACGAGUUUUUGCCGACCCCCAUCUACAACCUCUGCAAAGCGAUCCGAGGAAGAGAGGUGGAAGCAGCGGGGAUCCAGCGCGGAAUUGAGGCCGAUAAUGAGUUCAUUACGAAGCUGUUCACAGACCAGGAGCGGUUGCGCCAAAACAUCGUCGCGCUCGAGAAAAUGACAGCGAGCGAGUCCAAGGAGAAACUUGUUGCGCGCUACAUGAACGAUCUGAAUUCAAUGGAAGACGCAGUGCGAACCAGGAGGGGUAACAUCGCAGAGUUGGAGGCGAAGAUGCAAAAGGUGAACGACACAAAGGCGUCGGUGAAGCUAGAGCUGAAACAAGCGGCUCUGGCAGAAAAGCAAAAAGUCGAAUUGGAAAAGAAGCAGUGA